AUGGACGACCACAUUACAUUCAUCGGCCUCGGCGCCAUGGGCUACGGUAUGGCCAGCAAUUUACGGAGAAAAAUGGACGCGUCUCGAACACUGUUCGUGUACGAUGUUGUGCGCGAGUCCUGUGAGCGGUUCAAGCAUGAGCUGGAGCAGCACGGCCCAGUUGAGAUCGUGGAUUCCCCACUGGCGGGCGUCAACAAAAGCAGGACGCUUGUUACAAUUGUCCCGAAGAGCGAGAAUGUGCGCGACGUUUACCUGGAGGGCCCGGGGGCAGUGAUCAACGCGGCCAAGGGUGAUCGCCUAAUUCUGGAGUGCAGUACGAUCGAUGUGCAGACCACGCGGGAGGUGGGCACCAAAGUUGCACAGGCGGGGAUUGGAAUGUAUUUCGAUGCGCCUGUUUCUGGUGGCCCAAUCGGUGCCGCAAACGGUGCGCUCUCGUUCCUGCUCGGCCAGUCUGACGAGGAGACAGUGACAGGAGCACGCAUCAAAGAAGUCGUGCAUCUGAUGGCGAAUCCAGAGAAAGUUGUAUUCUGCGGCGGACUGGGAAACGGGCUCGUCGCCAAGAUCUGCAACAACUACCUCUCCUUCUGUAACAUGCUGUCGAUCGCAGAGUCCAUGUCCAUGGGCGUGCGUCUGGGCAUCGACAAGCACGUCCUCUUCAAAUGCAUCAGCAACUCCGGGGGGAAUUCCGCGACCUUUCACAACUUCCAGCCUUGUCCCGGGGUAAUCCCGCACCUGCCAUCGAGUAACGGGUUCAAAGCGGGGUUCCGGCCGUUUAUGAUCGUCAAGGACCUGAGCCUGGGUGUAGAAGCUGGUGAGCAAGCGGGCGUUCAGACGACCAUGGCGGCCACUGCGUUGGAGACGUUUAAGAAGGCAAUGGAGGAUCCUCGGUGUCGGGACCGCGAUGCGACUUCGGUGUGGCUGAUGAUCAAUGGGCUUACGGAUGAGGAUAUAGAGACCAGUUAG